UUGGCUCUCCAGCACUUGGCUGCCAGCGGCGGGCGGGCACCUCCCCACGCUGGCGUCCGCCAGGCAUUGCUGAAAGACGCAAUGUUUAGCCCCAGAGGAACCUUGCCCCCGAGGCCUAGAGGACCCAACCCGUCGGGCACCAAAACCCCGGCAGCUUUCGGGGCCAGAGGCGCGGCGGGGCCGCCCAGGAAAGCCGCGCCCGCGACGCCCCAAGGAGCGCCCCAGAGAUUGUUGGGGCAGGACGCGCUGCAGUGGACGGGUUCGCAGAGGAUCAACGUCCGCGUCACGCUGCACAGGGCCGAUCCCAGGAAAGUCAAGGAGAAGAGCAGCCUGCACCAGGAGCAGAAGGGAGACCCGCGUGCCAGUCGCUGGGAUGGCGGCCCCUGCCCCGCCGGCACCGCCGGGCCGAAGCCGCUCAUCCCGGCGCCGGUUUUGGAGCAGAGUUCCAACCCCCAGAACCGCUACACGCCCGAAAGCGCCUCCAGCAUUUUAGCGAGCUUCGGGCUGUCCAACGAAGACCUGGAGGAGCUGAGCCGCUACCCCGACGACCAGCUGACGCCCGAGAACAUGCCGCGGAUCCUGCGGGAGAUCCGCAUCCGGAAGAUGGGCCACGCCACGCCCGGCCUGCACGCUCCGAGCCGGGGGGAGGAGCCGGUUGCCGAGAGCAGCAGCGCCGUCGUCAAGGGCAAAGUGAUCGACUACGGCCACGCCAGCAAGUACGGCUACACCGAGGACCCGCUGGAGAUCUGCACCUACAACCCCGAGGCGCUGCCCGAGGAACCGCUGGAAGCGCGCGUCUACACUCCUGAAAGCUCGAGCGCGGAGAACCGGGAAGAAUUCCAGCGGGAGCAGAGCGUGCCGGUGGCCGGCCCGCCACCCAACGUGCCGUGCAGCCCCGUGUUCCCGGCCGAAGACCUCAUCAAGCUGCCGGCCUUCCCCGCCGAUUCCUCGCCCGCUCCGACGUUUUUCCCGGCCGAGCCGCCGGCCAAGGUGCAGGUGCUGUGCGGCGCCGUGCCCGCCGCGCUGCCGGUGGUGAAGCCGGUGUCCCAGCCGCCCGUGCCGCCGGUGCUGCCGCCCAUCCUGCCGGCGCUGCUGCCCACGCCGCUGCCGCAGCCCCUGCUGCCCCCGGUGAUGCCGCCGCUGGUCCAGCCGCCCGUGUCCCAGCACGUGUUGCCGACCUUGACGCCGCCGCCCUUCUCGGCCGGGCUCCUGGCCGCCAUCAGCCAACACGAGCAGAAGCAGCGCGACACCGGCGGCCCCCAUCCCGCGCCCGGCACCUCCGGCGGGUCCUCGGCGGGACACAAACCCUUCCACAAACCCUUCCACAAACCCUUCCACCCGCCGGCACAGGAGCCCAUCAAAUCCCCGUUCGGGGUGGUGAAGGCGUCCUGGCUGCCCGUGUUCCCGGACCAGAAGAGCAAACACCUGCCCACCCCGUCCAUGAUGAACGACUACUAUGCCACGUCGCCGCGAAUAUUCCCACAUUUGUGUUCUCUGUGUAACCUUGAAUGCACUCAUAUGAAGGACUGGAUCCUGCACCAGAACAACCCCGCCCACCUCGAGAGCUGCCGCAGGCUGCGCCAACAAUAUCCCGAGUGGAAUCCUGAGGCUCACUCCUCCAACAGGCACGCCGCGGAGCGCAAGGAGAACCGCACGCCGCGCCGCCGCUCGGCCUCGUGCAGCCCCGGCCGCUCCCCGUCCCGGCGCCGCCGCCGCGGCCCCGCGGGCCCCGCGCGCCUCCGCCGCCGCUCGCGCUCGCGCAGCCCCGGCCGGGCGCGGCGGCCGCGCUCCCGCAGCCCGCGGCACCCGCAGCGGCCCCGCGGCCGCUCCCGCAGCCGCUCCCGCUCCCCGCAGCGGCCCCGCGGCGCGCUCAGAGGCAGCCCCAGGCCCCGGAGAUCGCCCGGCACCGCCCGCCGGCCCGGCCGCGCCGCAGAAGGCCGGGCCGCUCUCGAGGCCGUGGUUCGCUCGCUCGGGCCGCGCUUCCUGGCCGAGUUCCAGCGGCAGCGCGGCCUGCAGGGGGCGCUGCAGGAGCCGCCGCCCGCCAGGGCCGCCCCGAACCCCAAAAAAACCCCAAAAGCGGCGCCGCGGGACGGAGCCCCCGAGAGCCCCGCCAACCCCAAAAAAACCCCAAAAGCGGCCUCGAAGGAUGGAGCCCCCGAGAGCCCCGCCAACCCCAAAAAAACCCCAAAAGCGGCCUCAAAGGAUGGAGCGCCCGAGAGCCCCGCCAACCCUAAAAGAACCCCAAAAGCGGCGUCGAAGGAUGGAGCCCCCGAGAGCCCCGGGGGGACCCCAAAAACGGAGCGGGGCGAGGAGCAGCCCGGGAAGAGCCAGCCCUACAACAGGCUGCUGCGGGAGGAGCUGCUGAGCUGCGGCACCGUGCUGCAGCUCUCGGAGCUGCCGGAUUCGGGAUUUUCCGAGCAGGACAUCAAGCGGCUGCUGCAGCCCUUCGGGAAGGUCAGCGACCUCAUCCUGCUGCGCUCCCGCAACGAGGCCUACCUGGAGAUGAAGUACCGCGAGGCCGUGCUCGCCGCCGUCGCCUUCGCGGAGACGGCGCCGCUGCUGCUGAACGGGAAACGCGUCCGCGUCAGCGUGGCCGAGGGAGCGCAGGAGAGGAAGGCCGUGAGGAAGCGACUCCUGACCCCCAAAAAGGCCCCACCCAGCACCAGGAAAGUCGCCGGCGCCAGGGCCCCGACGGGUGAGCUGCGCUUCGGAAAAGUGGGAAUUGGAGCAGCUGCAGCAGCUGCUGGUGUUUUUUUUUUUUUUUUCCCUGCAGGAAAAUCAGCGGCCGAAGAUUCCGGGCUGGAAAUUCCGGGAUCGGACCCCAAAAAUUCCAACCCCAAAAAUUCCAACCCCAAAAAUUCCAACCCCAAAAAUUCCCCCGAGGUGGAGGAGGCCGGGAGAGCCCCCGAGGCAGGGCCAGGGUCGAGCUGCUCCUUUUCCCCAUUUUCAGAGCUUCCAGCGAGUGAGGAAUCCACGGAGCCAGACGGGAAGGCCGGCUCCCCCGAGCCCAGCCGCGUGCUGCUGCUGUCCAACCUGCCGGCCAAGGGCUGCGGCCUGCAGGACAUCGCCGGCCUGGCCCGGCCCUUCGGGGGCCUGCGCGACCUCCUCGUGCUCUCCUCCCACAAAAAGGCGUACCUGGAGGUCCCCGAGCGCGCCGCCGAGGCCAUGGUGAGGUUCUACGGCUGCUUCCCCAUGAGCCUGGACGGGAAGCAGCUCCACAUCCGCGAGGAGCCGCGGCACCGCGGCCUGCAGGACGAGGAGGCAAUUUUCAUCUCCCUCAUCAAGGAUUCUGAUCCCAAGGUGGACGCUGCCUCGCUCCGCUCUCACCUGGUGCACCUGGGCAACCUCCCGGCCGAGGGCUUCCGGGAGCUGGAGCUGGUGUGUGCCGGGCUGCGCUUCGGCAAGGUGGAGCACUACGCCGUGCUCAGCAACCGCCGCCGGGCCAUCCUGCAGCUGGACAGCCCCAAAUCCGCGCGCUCCAUGCACAGCUUCCUGCAGCAGUAUCCUUAUUCCAUAGGGGAGCACACACUCACCUGCUCCUUGUCCUCCCACAGAGACCUUCCUGAGGCUGAAACCGGGAAAAGGGAAGUGAAGAGAGAGGAUGGGAGCAAAGGAAGCUCUGCCUUGAAAAAAAUUCCAGAGGCAUCGGGAACGGUGCAAAAAACAGCUGGAAAUCCAUCGGGAGAGGCCAGGAAAGGCCAAAUUCCCACCCCAAAUGUCCCGGAGGAGAUUCCAACGGGACAACUGGAGAUUCCCGAGGCGCAGCCAGGAGGAGCAGCGAGGGAAUCGCCCUCAGGGAUGGACGUGGAGGGAUCGGAUCCUGGAAUUCCCGUGGAUCCUGCUGGCAGCAAAUCGCCCGGAGCGAGGUCGGAGGAGAAACCGGCGCCGCUUUCCGGAGCGGGGAGGGACGUAGCUCGGGAUGAGCCGGAGCUGGAAAUCCAAAAGGAGGAUGAGGAACCCUCUGCUCCCGCCGUGGAACCUCCGGAAUCAUCCAGCAAGGCGAUGCCGGCAGCCGGAGGAACGCCGGGAGCCAUCCCUGGAACGUCCCCGAGCUCGGAGGAGGCUCCCACGGUGUCACCCGCUGUCACCCAGCCCAGCACGGAGCCGGCUGCUCCGGAGAAAACUCCUGUUCCCGAGGCUGGGAAAAGCAGCCGUGAAACGUCCACGGAGAGGAAAGCUGUCCCAAAAACUGUGGAAGCUCCAGGGAAAAAACUGGAUGUGACUGGAGCAGAGAGAGAGGCGAUGGCGGAGGAAUCCGUGCUCAAAAUCAGGGAAAAUCCGGGGAAGAUUUGGGGCAAGGCUGGGACAGGGCUGGAGAAAACACCUGGAAAAACACCAUCCAAGGGUGGGGAAAACUCUGGGAAUGCUGUUGGUGAGAUCCGCGUGGGAAAUUUGGUUAAAAUCCCACAAAAUAAAGGGAUGGGAGCUGCAAAAUCCAACGUAAAUCCCACUGCAUCCCUGAAGGAUUCUUGCAUUGGGAAAACCCUUUUGAAGGCAGUGGUGUCCGUCCCAGACAUCCUGAAGCAGAGAAUUCCCAUCAGGAUCACCGAGCCUUCCCUGGGAAGAGCUGGGGAGCAGAAAAUCCCUCCCAAAGCAGGGCUGGAGAAGAAAAUCCCACCCAAAACCACGGCUCAGCCGGGAACUGGGAACAGCCAAUGGAAAGGGAAUGGAAACUCCGGAGUGGAUGCACAGGGAGACGGCGGGAAGAGCUCAUCCCAGCAGGAAAAGGAUUCCCAGCUGGAAUCUCGGGCGAGUUCGAAGCAGAGCCAGCAGGGAGAGAGUGGAGCAGCUGGCACGAGGGAGGAUCCCAGCGGGAAUCAGGCUCCUGGUGGGAGUGGUGCUGCAGCUGGGAAAAGCGGCACCGGCAGCGCUGGAAAACAGAAGGAGGAGGAAGAGCUCUUCCCGUUUAACCUGGACGAGUUCGUCACGGUGGACGAGGUGCUGGAGGAAGCCGAGUCUCCGGUGAUGCCGCGGCGGAACCCCCCGAGGGGGAAGAGAAAAGAAGCUCCCAAAGCCAACCCUUCGGAGCCGGCGUCCAAGAAGAGGAAAGGGAAGAGUUGCGGAGCCGAAGGUGAGCUGUCCUUUGUCACCUUGGAUGAGAUCGGGGAGGAGGAGGACGCCCCGGUGCCGCUGCCGGGCGUCGACCCCCGGGGCCUGGUGGUGGUGGAUGAGGUGGUGGAAGAGGAGGAGCUGUCGGACGCGGUGAAGGACCCGCAGGCGCUGCUGACGCUGGAUGAGAUCUCGGAGCAGGAGGAGCCGGGCUCCCACAGGAACGGGCCCCGGGUGGAAUUUGAGGAGCGGGAUCUGAAGGCUGAGCCCUUGGUGACCGUGGAUGAGAUCGGGGAGGUGGAGGAGCUGCCCCUCAACGAGCCCGCGGAGCUGAGCGCCGCCGAGGAGGGAAAAACCAAUCCCGGGGAUUGCGCGGCCUCCCAGGUGCCCGAUGAUCCCAACGCCUUGGUGACGGUGGAUGAGAUCCAGGAGGACAACGAGGACAAUCCUCUGGUGACUCUGGAUGAGGUUAACGAGGAUGAGGAUGAUUUCCUGGCCGACUUCAAUCACCUUAAAGAGGAACUGAACUUUGUUACAGUCGACGAAGUAGGCGAUGAGGAAGAAGAAAACACUUUCCCAGGGAAGAACCCACCCGAGGAUGAAGAUGACGAAGAUAUUGUUGCUGUUGCAGGACCAGAAGAAAUGGGAAUUCUAGGAGAUACAAAUCCAGAGGAUGAAAUGGCUGAAAUCUCCAAGCCAAAAGCAGCUCAGAUGGGAUCAGAAGAUGCAGAACCAAAGUCUCAGCAGAAGAAAACGACUUUUCCAGGUGUCCCCAAGACGCAGAGCACUCCCAAAGCUCUGGACAUCCUGGUCCCAAAGGCCGGAUUCUUCUGCCAGAUCUGCUCCCUCUUCUACGCCGACGAACCCUCCAUGAUCAACCACUGCAGGACCUCCCUGCACCGGCAGAACAUGGAGAAAUUCAUGGCCAAGCAGCAGGACAGCGGCGGGGAGGAGCCGAGCUCCAGGUGAUGGAGCUUCCCAGGAGCGACACUUCGGGGCCAGUCAGUUCUGUGUGUUUGGAUUUCCUUUGGCAUUCGGGGUCGGGAAGGAACAUCC